GGGGGUAAGGAAGGAAGGAGGGAGGGAGGGAGAACUCCGCCGCCUUCCGAGCCUUCAGAAGCCGAGCCUUGAGCUUGGAAACGCGGCCGCAUCCUCUGGGCUGAGUCCCUCCCUCCCCGCCUGCAGCGGGCCGCCUUGAAACCGACACUGCCUGACGAUCCAUGUUAGUUUCGUGCCUCCGCUUUGAAACUGACGAGGAAAGGUUUCCAUGUUGUGAGUGACUCCUGAACCGCGCUUUCUCCUCUUCCCCCCCUCCCCUCCCCUCCUCCAUUUUAAAAAAAAAUAUCUAUUUUUUUUUCUCUGGGGAGGAGGGAGGGGGGAAAGGGGAAAAAAAAAGACUUUCUUAAAUCAAAAAAGAAGAUUUAGCUCAUGGACAAUCCGUCCAUAAUCACCCAAGUCAGCAAAGAGGAGGCGAAAACCCCGCUACGAGAGAAAGGACACCUGCCCGUCUCCAGCAAGAAACCACGGCGACGGAGCAUCUUCCAUGCCAUCUUCUGCUGCCUGCCCCAGAGCGAUGACAAUGCCAACCAGGUCCUGGGCAGCAGCAACAACAACACUUCACUGCUGCCCGAUGGCAAGAGCAGUGCCACCCAGGUUCUGUGCAGCAAUGAGGCAGAAGCAUUAGGAACAAUCGAACACAAACCUCCAGAGACGUUUAAUUCAUUCUGCAAAAAGAAGCAGAUAACUGAAACUGCUGUUACUCACCACCUUCUCCCAGAAGUGAAAGCUCAGGACAGUGGGAAGAAAUGUGUAGUGAUCGACCUGGAUGAAACUUUAGUUCACAGUUCAUUUAAGCCGGUGAAUAAUGCGGACUUCAUUAUCCCAGUGGAGAUCGAUGGCAACAUGCACCAGGUGUAUGUCUUGAAGAGGCCUUACGUAGACGAGUUUUUAAAGAGAAUGGGUGAGCUGUUUGAGUGCGUGCUGUUCACAGCUAGCCUGUCCAAGUAUGCUGAUCCCGUUGCCGAUCUCCUGGACAAGUGGGGAGCUUUCAGGACCCGGCUCUUCCGUGAAUCAUGCGUCUUCCAUCAAGGCAAUUACGUCAAGGAUCUCAGCCGGUUAGGACGGGACCUAAACAAACUCAUCAUCAUCGACAACUCUCCGGCUUCAUACGUCUUCCAUCCAAACAAUGCUGUGCCCAUUGCUUCUUGGUUUGAUGACAUGUCUGACACAGAACUGCUGGACCUCAUCCCUUUCUUUGAGAGACUCUCGAAGGAGGAGAACAUUUUCACAUUGCUGCAGGAACACAAGUCUAGCUAGCACUGAGCCAGAUUGUGAUUGAACGGGGUUGUGGAGCCCUUACCACCACCACCCACCACCCCCCGACCCCAGGGGAGUCUCAUCUCUUAACAAAGCCAUGAUUCCUCUUACCAGCGUGCCUUUGAGAGAAAACAGCAACUGCGAGGACUGUGCAUCCUGCCAGAGAAAUGAGAUGCACAAAGACUGGACCGAUCACGUCCCACAGCACUUAACAGAAAUCAGGGAUGGCUCCUCCCACACUUGGAUACAUUCUCCCUUGCUCUGUCUUUCCACGAAUUGGAAUCUGGGGUAUUGGGUUGUGUGUGGGGUGGGUGGAGGGGGGGGUGUCAUUGGGGGGUAAUCUCAUCCAUUGGUUUGGCCAUCCUUCUCUCCUCUCGCCCCUCCCCUAACCCCCUUGUUGGGUGCACAGUGAGGAGCAGGGAUUGGAUCAGCCAUGCUGGCAGGCGAUUGGCGGGACUGAGAGUCGGGGGCUAACGGGAGGUGACUGAUUCAGGAAGCAAAGCUGAAACGAAAGCUUGAAAAGGCACAACCAGGCAUAAGAGAGGCCAAAGGGAAGUAUUGUUCUGCUGGGCUGACCUGAGUUUCCAUCAUGUGUGAUUGGGGUGGAGGGAGUAGGGAGCCCUCUGCUCUCCCCUGGGGAUGGGGCAGGCAGAGCUGUCAUCCUCCUGUUGAUUUACUCCCCCAGCCUGCACUCUGAGGGUUAACAGUGCAGCUUCAACAGGUUGCAUGUUUUCUCUCUCUCUCUCUCUCUCUCUUCAGUUACCAGUCUCGGUGAUUUGAGGGCGUCUCACCCUUGUGAGUAAUAAAGAGCACUACGAUGGCUAAGACCAGUCUUGCUGGGGUCCUUCCAAGCUAACAGCACCCACAACCCCCUUGCGUCCCCUCCCCCGACCAUGGCCAUCCCACACGGGGAGGGGGGUGAAGGAGGACAGUUUUGAGGCUGAAAGCUCUCUGAGGUGGAGGGAGAGUGAAGGGGAGGGGUUGUGUGUGUGUGUGUGUGUGUGUUGCAGGCUGGGUGUGCGAGGGACAGAAUCCUGGGAUUGGCGUUGGAGUUUCCCAUACAUUUACUGUUGAGCUGCCCUCUUUCCUGGGGCCUAACCUCCAUUCAGUUCAGUUUUAUUUUUAUUAUUUAAUAAUGAAAUCCUCUGGCAGCUUCCUAUAGAUCCUGGGUGGAGGAGGGCAGAGAAAGUCUGUGAAAUACAAACUCAGGAACUCCCUCGUCAUCAAAGUGUAUGGUUCAGGCCCCCAGAGAUUCAAAGAAAUCCUGUGGUGAAGCUGAGGGGCUUUUUAACCCUCAUUCCCUUCCCGUUGCCCCCUACGCAUGCUGGAGUGUGGAUCUGGAGUGAGGGGGAAGUUAUAACCCCUCCUGUCCCUCAGCCUCUGAAAGAAUGCAAAAAAAAUAAAGCACAAAAACAGACCACUCGGCCCAACUGGUCCAUGCUGGUGUUUCUGCUCCACAUGAGCCUCCUCCCUCUCCCUCUUCACCUCACCCUGCCAGCAUACCCUUCUAUUCCUUUCUCCUUUGCGUACAUGUCCAGUUUUCCCCUUCAAUGUAUCGAUACUAUUCACUUCCACCACUCCCUGUGGGAGUGAGUUCCACAUUCUCCCCGCUCUCUGGAUAUAGGAGUUCCCCCCGGAUUCCCGAUGGGGUUUAUUGGGGACUACCUGAUACUGAUGGCCCCUAUUUCUGGCCUCUUCCCCAUAAAUGGAAACAGCUCUAUGUCUACAGUCAUACGGACUGGUUUCCUUACCUAACCCCUGGGCAGGACUAUGGCAAAGGCUGGGCCAGGGGCACAGUUUAUGCUGAUUCUAUUUCUUCAGUAGUGGUGCAGUUUGACACUGUGCCAAGUUAUUGCCAAUUUAAUCAUUUUUAAAUUAUUACAUUCAAUAAAUGUAAUUAAAUUUAAUUGAUUACAAUUAAAUUUCUUAGUAAAUGUAAUUGUUUAUAAUUAAUUCAAUUCAAUAAUUGAAUAUAAUUCAAUUUAA